AUGUCUGACACGCCGCUCACCAACAACUCGUCUCCCUUUCUUGAUCACCACACACGCCCCCUCACCGCACCAGACCACCUCGCGAGCCACCAAACCAACCACCUCGCCACCUCCGUAGCCCCGCAGGCCACCACGUCUACAACAACCACCACCACCACGUUCGCCAAGCAGCAGCAGCAGCAGCACUCCCUCCCCACCUCGGCCCUCGCUACGGGCCCCCUUCUCAACCCCUCGCAACCUUUUGCCACCGCCGCGCUGUCUCCCCUCCAGGCAAUUCAGCAGGCGCACUCCCAGCAGGCGCAGCAGCAACAGCAACAACAGCAGCAGCAGCACCAGGGAAUCCCUCCUUCCUCGUACCCAACCUACUCAAACGGCGCCGUGACGGCCACCAACAACAACAACCAGGGUCCGGCCUACCCGUACUCGUCGUCCUACACCGACGACUUUGCCCCCUAUCCCACCACCACUGCAGUUGCCACCUCGCACCUGGUCCCAGCCGCCAACACGUCCGCGUACCGUCAGUCCCAGUACAUCACCCACUCACCGCCCGUCGACAACGCCCACUUAUACCACACCUCUGAUUCAGACGUCCCGUACGGCUACCGCGUGCCCCACAUGCAGCUCCAGCACACCAAGCCUCCAGAGCCCAUCCUCAAACCGGGCGAGGUCCCAGCCACAAAGCCGGCUCUGUCGUAUGCCGCCCUUAUCGGCGAGGCCCUCCUCACCUCGGCUCCUCCUCACCACCUGUAUGUGUCUGAGAUCUCAGAGAGCAUCAAGUCAAAGCACGCAUACUUCCGCCAGAACCCGUCCAAAAUCUACAAUGGUGUUCGCCACCAGACGUCCAUGUGCAAGGCCUUUGUCAAGCUGCCCCGGCCAUUCGGUGACCAGUCUGGCGGUGCUCGCAAGUGGGCCAUCCGUGACGGGUGCCAGGACUGGUUCCGCGGUGGCAACUACCGUCCCCCGACAGCCAGCGGCAAGACCAAGGGUACCACCACCAACGGCGGCAGUCCCAACUCGACCCGUUCCAAGAACAAGGAGCUCGCCACGGGCCGCGUCAAGGACGAGCACGACUCUCCCGUCUGGAACCACGGCGCCGGACCGUCGAGCGGCAAGCCCUGGGACCCCGAGCGCUCCAUCCACCCAUACCUUCUCGAGCCCCCUCCCCACCUCCAGGGCGCGAUCCAGCCCGUCUCGGUGCCCUCCCAGCAUGCCCAGCAGCACUACGGCGGUGCGGCCCAUGCUCAGUUUAUCCAGGCCCACCACGCCCAGCAGUACGCAAACUAUGCCAACCAGCAGUACCAGAGUGGCGCGUGGCCGUCGUCGUACUCGCAGCACUCGCCCAGCCAGCACUCGAUGAGCCAGCACAGCCACUCGCCCCAGGUCUCGCCCCACGCCCAGCACCAGCCGCUCCACGCCCAGUCCCAGCACCCGGCCCAGCACUACCCUCACUACGCUCAGCAAUCGCACGACUACAUGUGGCGUAAUGGCGGCAGCGGCGGCGGUGGUGGUGGUGGUGCCGUCGCACCUGCUGGCAUGGGCGUCUCGUCUGGUGCCGCGUUUGACCCCCGCCCACGCACCAACACGCUCAGCACCGACGACGACAGCCACACCUCCCCCGAACAGCACGAGUACCGUCUCCCCGUCGCCGAGUACCCCGUCUCGGGCUCGCCUUCCUCCACCUCGCGCAGCGGCUCCCCGCACGACGACUGA